AUGCCUGCACUCAACAAGAACAAUUCCGCUGUGAAACGGAUUAUGCAGGAAGCGAGGGAGCUCGCCAACGAUCCCUGCACCGAUUACCAUGCAGUUCCUCUUGAGGAUGAUAUCUUUGAAUGGCAUUGUACACUUCGCGGUCCCGCUGGUACGGAAUUUGAAGGUGGUCUGUAUCAUUUCCGUAUAGUGCUUCCAGCAGAAUACCCCUUCAGACCACCUUCCCUGAUGAUGCUUACGCCCAAUGGACGGUUCGAUCUAAAUACCAAAAUAUGCAUCAGCUUUACAAACUACCAUGAAGAGGAAUGGCAGCCUGCGUGGGGUGUUCGCACAGCUAUAAUCGGACUCCAAGGAUUUUUCCCCUUGAAGGGUCAGGCAGCUACUGGUGUUGGUUCUGUCGAAUAUCCGCUUUCGGAACGCAAGCGUCUAGCCCAACUGUCACGGGAAUGGGUUUGCCCACAAUGUAAUCAGUGUAAUCUAGAGCAUCUCCCUGAUCCAAAAGAGGAGCCGCCAUCUAAGAACGCAAAUGUACUGUCACCGUCGUCAGCUCCACCUGCUGACACCGCGGGGGUUGAAGUUGUUCAAGAGAGCUCGGCCUCCCCCGUGGUAUGCCAGUCCGAUAGGAUCGAAGAAAUCCACGUGCGUGAAACUCCGCAACUCACGCAUCGUAGUUCGCACCGGCCUCCCCUAAUUCUCGAUACUGCCAUUUGUGUACUCCUUGUCUUGGUUCUAGCGUUACUCUGUCGUCGAGUGUUGUGA